GGUGAAUGAAUCAUCAGCAACUUCAUCAUCAUCUGUACUAAAUUUUCAGAUGGAGCCCCCUUCAAACCAAAGCUAUUAUGGCAAUUAUAUACCUAUGUGGACAGAGGAGGAAAAGUAUAGAUGGUUGGCAUGAAGAGGUCAUAUCCCUUUCCUCUGGACAAUCCACCAGGCAUUUCAUCUUUCCACUGCAAAUUUCCUCCAAUUCUUCAGCCCAGAAUCAGCCGAUCAGAUGACUCAGCUUCUUGUGGCAGUGGUGGUCACACACUCAAUUUUGAACCUGUUGGCACACUUUCCAGAGGAGGUUCUUCAUGCUCAACUUUCAUGUUGGAGCCUAAUAAUUCAAAGAAAAGCAUCAAAGAAAAUGGACUUUUUCUCACAUUAGCUCCUCCCACAACAAUUUCAAUGUCUCAAGGUUCAAAAUUAAGGCACUCUCAACCUUAUCUGGCUUGCCAUAGCACUGAAUUCUCUGAUUUUGAAUCACUACCUUAUCAAGGAAAUGUUGAAGAUCCAAUUCUUUGGCCAGAACUCAGCGGACCAAGUCAUUAGCAACCUUACUACAGCUUCUUCCCACAAGCAGUGGCAAAAAAAGACCAAGCCAUAGGCAGAGUGAAUAAUUGUAACAAUGGUGAAGCAGGCGGAAGUGUUGAUCUCAAUUUGAGGCUAUAAAUGUUUCUAACCUGUAUCCAUUUCUUUGGUAGGCCACUUUGUCAUCUCUCUGAGAUCAUACCAAGUAAGACUUGUUUUCCUUUUUUCUAAAACAAUUUGACAAAUGGGGUGGCAUGGAAAUUUUAUAAAUUUGCUUAUGCAAGCUUGUGUGUGAAAGUAAAAAACCAAAUCUGGGCCAUGUGAGGGCAGAGAGAAGAGAAAGAUAGGGAGAUGUAGAUUGGUUUGUUUUGAUGUUGAAAUUUGAUGAAAGCUAAGUUUGGUCGGUUAUGCAAA